AUGACGCCAGAAGUCCUACGACUUUCUUUAGAAAAUGUCGAUUUCCGGCUUCCGACACAAGUCACCGACGACAAUAGUGUUACAGCACUCAAAAGUUUAGUCUUCGAGCCCCUCCUCCGAUGGCAGUCCCAUGGCCGCGUUGAGCCCGGGCUUUUUGACCGAUGGGAGCGGUCCCUCGAUGCCCGAAUCUGGCAAUUUCACAUCCGAGAAGACGCCUGCUUUCAUGAUGGCGAGCCUUGCAAGGCUAAAGACAUCGUCACUUACAUCAAUGGCCUCCUGGACUCAAGAGACUACUUUGGCAUGCGCUGGAGUUACAGCCGCUAUUUCUCGCAAACCAAGUUCUCUGCCGAGGAUGAUCGGACUGUAAAGGUGACAAAUGCGGAACCAUUCGCGGAUAUCGAGGGUAUCUUCUGCGAGUUUUGGCCUUCUCGCAUCGAUAAGAAUGGCAAGCCGGUGCUUGGAACGGGCCCAUUCCGUGUCAUCGAGUUCGAGCGGAAAGAUAGCACGGGUAGAGCCAUUUUGCAGCGGCUGAAUCCGACGCGACAUGGCUCACCUCAUACUAUCAUAGCGACGAUGGAACCAAAUGCUGCCGAAAGACUUCGGCUUCUGCGUGCUGGAGAGGUCGAUGCUGCCCUCAAUCUGGAGCGGGUAGCUAAUCUUGACCUUCUCAAUUUCGACUCUGGAUUUCGAUGGGGAAGAGUGGCAAGCACCCUAUCGGCUAUUUACUAUCUCAACUGCACGGAUGGUAUCUUUACUUCACCAGACGCACGUCUGGCUGUGAACCUUGCGUUGGACAAUGACGCAUUGGUAAAGGAAGUAUACCAUGGGUUCGCAAAGUCAUCCGCUACAAUCGUCAGCCCCUAUCAUCUUGGCUUCCCAGAAUCACAAUUGCAACACAUUCCCUACGACCCCGACAGGGCCAGGGAUCUCCUGAAAGAUUUCGACAAAGGCACACAUCUUGUCUUGAGAACCCCAGUUUACAUGCCAGAGCAUGCCCAAAAGAUCUCGAAAUUCGUAGCAUCAUCCUUGGAGGCCGUUGGCUUUCAGGUCGAAAUCAAGGUUGAGACCAAUAGACCAGAAUAUGCUCGCCAAAUCGGACUCAAAAAAGAGAUUGGAAGCCUCGCGUUGUUUGACUCAACCCCAAACAGCACGUUUCGCGUUUUGGAUGAUAAGAUUUCCAGUUCGUCGCGUGCAACUUGGUGGCUUGGUUAUCACGAUGACAAGUUGCAAGAACUAUUUUACGAGGCGCGAAACAAAAUCAACUACGAAGACAGAGCGGAAGCAUAUGCGAAGACUCUGAAAAGGUUACAGCAGAAUCCUCCAUGGCUGUAUAUAGGUCAUCCUGACGUUAUUUGGGCAACAAGACACAAUGUUGGACUUCAAAUUGGGCAUUCGGGAAUACUCACACUCGAGUAG